AUGCCGCCGCCAGCCACUGUCCGCAAGAUCAUGAAGGAGCUCGGUCAGCUUCGUAGCGAUCCACCAGAGGACAUUAGAGUACAACUAGAUGAAGAGGACAUUCUUCAGUUUAUUGGAAUCAUCGCUGGCCCAGAGGGGACACCGUAUCAUGGCGGUUAUUUCCGAAUCCGCUUUACUUUUGGUGAUGAUUUCCCGGCUAGUCCACCCAAAUGCUUUUUCACGACAAAGAUAUUCCAUCCAAACGUCUCUGCGACGGGAGAUAUCUGCGUUAACACGCUCAAGAAAGACUGGAAGCCGACUUACGGCAUAGCCCAUAUAUUGACAGUGAUCAAGUGCCUGCUCAUCUAUCCCAACCCAGAGUCGGCCUUGGAUGAAGAGGCUGGCAAGAUGCUACUAGAGGAUUACGACGGAUACUGCAAACGUGCCAAACUCAUGACGAGCAUCCACGCCACGAGAGGAGGGCGUCCUAUCGAAUUCGAGGACCCUGCGAAACAAGCUGCACUCGCAGAAGACCCCCUCUCCAUUUCCUUCUUGGACGGUCCUAGCACCUCUAACGCGGCUGUCGCGUCAACGUCGCGGGACCUUGCGCCAUCCAUCGCCGCUACGACACGGCUACGACAAGGCUCGGCAUCUCCGACUUUCUCCACCCUAGUAUUGCCUUCUGUUCCACCCCUCCGUUCCUCUGCCCAAUCAAACGGCGCACCCCGUCUGAGUCCCGCACCAAAUGAAAAGGAUUCGACAACAGGACCAACAGCUACUUCCAUAGAUUCUAAGAAGAUGUCGAGCGGUAGCAAAGAUUCGUCGACCAAGUUGCCUGGUACGGGUGUCGGCAAGAGCCUCAAGCGUCCUGCGAGUGCCGUCGCUGGGGGUAUCAAGGAGAAUGGAUCGGGAUCGGAGAAGAGGAAGAAGGGUCUCAAGCGGCUCUAA